AUGAGCGUAGUGUGUGAAUCAACAUCAGGUUCCCGCUACAGAAUUGACGAGGAACUCAGAUCUUGCGCUUACGGGCUCUGUGGAGGACGCUUGACUGGAAGCGGUUGCCAGGAGGUUUGGUUGCUGCCGGAAUUCUCUGAAGGAAAGAUCCGAUUGUUGCGAAGCUCGCUGCACUUGUGGUGUUGUGAUGCAAUCUUCUACUGCCUUGUGCUCUCUUCUCUCGUAACCCUGAAGUCCUUGUCGCAAAUGGGAUCAGCCUUCCUCUCCAAGCUUCAGACGCAUGCGCCUGUGGCCCAGCCACAGGUAAUGAGCAGUGGAGCAGCCAAGGAAGCCGGGGAUUUGCCCCAAGAGCAAGGGGUUGCGAGUGACGCCGAAGACCAGCUUUCAGCGGAUGCCCAAGAUGGAGUACGCAAGAUCCAGGCCACCACCCGGGUCUGGAGCAAAGGACAUCUCAUCUUUGCAUAUGUCAUGAUAUGGGUUAUUACUUUCGUCGACACAAUGCAGCAGGGAAUGUCCAAUUCUCUCGUCCCUUAUGUUACCAGUAGUUUUAGGCUGCACUCAUUGACGGCUUCAACCAUGAUUAUGUCGAACAUCAUCGGAGGUCUUAUCAAGUUACCCCUUGCUAAGGUCCUUGAUAUCUGGGGUCGACCGCAAGGCUUCCUCAUCAUGGUAGGAGCACUGACUAUCGGCCUUGUCAUGAUGGCUGCAUGCAACAAUGUCAAAACCUAUGCUGCUGCGCAAGUGUUCUACUGGGUAGGAUAUAAUGGGAUGAGUUACACAAUAAGUAUUUUCAUUGCUGAUACAUCUGCUCUGAAAAAUCGAGCCCUUAUGUUUGCGUUUGUUUCGUCACCUUAUAUCGCUACUGUCUGGGUUGGCGGACCACUUGCAACGGUCUUCCUGAAUGGUCCUGGCUUCAGGUGGGGUUAUGGUGCUUUCGCCAUCAUCACUCCUGCCAUCACUUUCCCUCUUCGCACAUACACCCAAUCGCUCAAACACUAUUUCAUCGAAUUCGAUAUUAUCGGGAUAAUUCUCCUGGCUAGCGGGUUGGCUUUGUUUCUCCUCCCAUUCAGCCUUUAUUCUUACCAGAAGGAUCAAUGGAGAUCAAGCCUAGUCAUUAGCAUGAUCAUCGUGGGUGGUCUCCUCCUUAUCGCUUUCGCCCUGUACGAGAAGUACCGGGCACCGGCAUGUUUCAUUCCUUUCGAACUCCUUUUCGAUCGAACUGUGUUGGGCGCCUGUAUUCUUGCUGCAAGUUUCCGGAUGUCAAUAUCGGGAUAUAUCAUCAUGUGCCAAAUUUUUAUCGCCUUUGCUGGUGGAACAUGCGUCAUAACAGAGCAAAUGGCUGUUAUGGCCGCUACAUCUCAUCAAUAUGUCCCCGUCGUUCUCGCAGUUGAAUCCAUGUUUGCAAACAUUGGCGGCGCAAUCGGUCAAACCGUCGCCGCUGCAAUCUGGACCGGAGUAUUCCCUCAAAGAUUAGCUGAGUACCUACCUGACCAGGCCAAGGCCAACGCCACCCUCAUAUACGGAGAUCUUACAGUACAGAAAUCGUAUCCACUUGGAAGCCUUGAAAGAAUUGCCAUUAACAGAGCCUAUGGUGAUGGGCAAAAAUAUAUGCUUAUAGGAGGUACUGCAAUUUUGGCUGUCGGCCUUGGAGCUACCAUGAUGUGGAGGGAUAUCAAGGUCAAGGACUUCAAGCAAGUCAAGGGCCUUGUUGUUUAA